GUCUAAAGUUAUUCCAUCCCUCUUUCUGAGCGUCACUGUCCACUUUGAAAUAAAAGUACAGCUCCUGCAAAAUCUUCUAAUUUUUAUUCACCAGUUUAACGUUCAACAUGGGAUUUUCUGUCCACUGGAGUCGGCUUGCUGCACUUUUGUGUCUCCUCUGUAUGGGAGGUGGAGUGUGGUGUGACUGCACAGUGGCAAGUGUACAAAUUGAAGGAGGUGAUUACAAAUUGACCAAGAAGCUGGAACCAGGCAGCCUGUUGAUUUACAACUGUUCUAAGGGCUUCUACCCAUACCCAGCUUUGACCCGCCUCUGCCAGCCCAAUGGCACCUGGAAACCAGCACCCAAAAGAUUUCAGCCUCAGAGAUGCAGGAUUGUUGAAUGCCCAGACCCCAAUGUGCUGGAGAAUGGAGACGUCUCGCCUCCUCAGGAGAGGUACUUUGUGGACAAUGAGACCUCGUAUGAGUGCUACUCUGGAUACACACUGCGAGGCUCAUCUACACGUGUUUGCUUACCAAACGGGAAGUGGAGCGGCUCCACUCCCAUCUGUAGCCACGACACAGGGGAUAAUUGUGCUGACCCUGGUAUCCCACCUGGCGCCUCAAGAACAGGGAACAUAUUUGGAAUUGAUGACACAGUGGAGUACAGCUGCAACAACAACCUGUUUUUGGUGGGGUCAAGAGAAAGAGUGUGUCAGGAGAACGGCCAGUGGACUGGCAGAGAACCAGCAUGCUACUACAAACACACCUAUGACACUUCACUGGAGGUUUCAAAGGAAUUUGGCAGCACAAUCAAAAACACCCUCACCACCAUACAGCCAGUUAAUGACACACAGGAAGGAAGAACAAUCCGGAUUCCAAAAAAUGGGACACUUAAUAUGUUUAUCGCAGUGGAUAUUUCUGAGAGCAUCGAAGAGAAAGACAUACAAGAUGCAAAAAAUGCCGUCAAACAACUUAUUUCAAAGAUUUCGUCUUUUUCUGUGAAUCCAAAUUAUGAAAUCAUCUUUUUCUCCUCUGUCGUGGUUGAAGUUGUCAACAUUCUUGAUUUUUUUGAUGGAAAACAAGAGAAUAUCCUUAAUAAAUUGGACGGAUUUGAGAAAGGCGAUGCUUCUGGAACAAAUCUGAACAUCGUCUUUGAGACCUUCUUGGAGCAAAUGGGCCUUAUAAAGCGGCGGGUUGGUGAGGAGGCGUUUAAGGAACAUCGUCAUGCCAUUAUCGUUUUUACAGACGGUGCUUAUAAUAUGGGCGGUUCACCUGCAAGUACAGUGAAACAAAUAAAGAACAUGGUAUAUAUGAACCCCACAAGUGAAGAGGAGAAACAACCAAGAGGAGAAUAUCUUGACAUUUAUGUUUUUGCCAUUGGAGCUGAGAUCGAUGAUGGUGAACUGCAGCCCCUCACAGCUGGGACCGGUGGCAAACAUUACUUCAGACUGGAAGACAUUGAAAAUCUACAAGAGACCUUUGAUGCGAUAAUUGAUGAAGAAGAAGUUAAGGGUCUAUGUGGUCUUCAUGUGGAGUAUGAUACAACUGAGAGAGAUGCCAAGCAGAAAAUGUAUCCAUGGAUGGCAUUUGUUGUCAUCCAGAAUGAAGAUCCAAGGAAAUGCAUCGGCUCUCUGGUGAGCCGCGAGUUUAUCUUGACUGCUGCUCACUGCUUAAAAUUUGGAGAUUUGCCGGAGCAUGUCAGAAUUGAGAUUGAUGAUGGACAGGGCAGAGUAAAAAAAGUUAAAACCUUCAUGAGACACCCAAAAUACAAUGUUACUGCUAAAGUGGACAAGAAAGUGAAGGAGUUUUAUGACUAUGAUGUGGCUCUCAUCCAACUGGAAAAACCUGUUCAAAUCUCCACUUCUGUUAGACCUAUUUGCAUACCUUGCACUGUGGAGACCAGAAAUGCUCUACAAUUGGUUCCUGAUUCUACCUGCAAGCAACAAGAGCAGCUACUGUUAAAAGACCAUCUUGAAAGACUCACUUUCCUGACCAGAACAGAAAACAUAGUAGAUGAAAAAGAUGUCCAUGCUAAGCUUGGCACUAAUAGAGCUGGAUGCAUCAAACAUGCACUACAGGCACCAGGCAUUGACACUGAUGUUAUAACAGACGUUGUGACUGAUAACUUCCUGUGCACUGGUGGUCGGACUCCUUUCAGAGAUCAUAUAGCGUGUACAGGUGACUCUGGAGGUGCUGUGUUCAAGAACUACGAGCAUCGCACAAUACAGGUUGCAGUGGUCAGCUGGGGAACCAAGACUCUGUGCAGGACGGGUGGUGUUGUCGAGUCAGAUGACACUUCCAGAGAUUUCCAUAUUAAUCUAUUCAGAGUUGUUCCUUUUCUUAAAUCUAUCCUUGGAAAUAAUGACCAGGAUGAUUAUGCACCACUUACGUUUUUGGAGAGCUAAAUGCAUUUGCAUACUGUAAUAUGUUUUCCAGUUAAGAACAUACAAUAGCAAAUUGCACAAUUAUAAUAUUAAUAGUUAUCAGUUAUGCUGUUCAUCAGUCAGCCAGUAUUUUCAGUGAUCAACCAGUAUGUAAAGUUUGUAAUCAAUCAGAAUGAACCUGUGUCCUGGUGUUAUGGAAGAAAAACUCAUCUAAAUGGUUAACACCCUGGAUCGUGGUAGUAUGGCAGUAUACAGUGAGACGAUAUACAUUUGUCUACUGUUAGAGAUUUCACUAUAAUGUUUAUACUGUGCUAACUAUAAUGCUGCAAUAUUGAGUAUAUGAUCUUUGUACAGUGAUAAUUUACCUUCAUUUGUAAGGUAAUAAAUUCAAUGAGUGUCA